CGGGAGGAAGGUUUAUGGAUUUAAAUGGAUGGGCACUUUUUUUCGCAUGCUGUGAACAACUGUAUAAUAGGCGAUCGGCCCAGAUCCAUGUAAUACUUCCCCCUCUCGUCCACAGCUUGUUUCUCAUCCACUCUUUCCAAGUGUUCGAUACGACCCAGGCAAUUGGUAUAGCGGCGAGAGAAGCUUCUUGCCGGCACGUAAGGCCCUUCCGACCCCUGCCUCCACCCGCCAAAAAAGUGCCCCCAAGAUGCCCAGCAACGUCUCCUUCCUAUCCAAGAAACGGCGCCAGUCCUCUGCCGAGCUCGACACUCCUCCCAAAGUGCGCAAGGAGAAGAAGAACGUAUUCGCCCGCGCUCUGGAUCGUUCAACCAAAAAAUCGCGGCGCGGACCAGAGAACGAGAUCUGUGCGCCCGAAGCGGCUUCAGAAACCUUGUCCACAUCAUCUCCCCUCUUCAUCGACAACUUCUUCUCCACCUCCGCCUACCCCCUCGCACUCCCCCGCCCCCGCGCACCAUACACCCUCCAGCCCGCAUUCGCAUCCGUCGACGACUUUCGCAGACGGCCCAGCACUAGCGCCUCUUUCGUAGACCGCCUCUGGGCAGGCAGUUCCCUCGACCUCGUAGAAGACUUGGACGAGGCUGUUAUUGAGGACGAAGACUCUGAGGACGAGGAAGAGCUCGCACCUCCGCGCGCAGGGUUCAUCAGGAAGGCCAGGCUGAACUGCUCGAGUGUGCUCUCGUUCAAGUUGCGGUUGGGCCGACAGCGAGCAGACGAGGUGAAUUCGGAGAUCUGGUCCCAGCCUAAUCUGUACUCUACCGAAUCCAUCAUGUCCAUCCCACCCCCCAUCCCAGCCCGCUCCCGCUUGCGCGAAGCAGCCCCGCCCAAAUCCACCGUUUCGAGCAACACUACCCCCACCCCAGGGCCGGCGCCUGUCCUUCAGCCAUCACCCACCCUCGCGAGCAACCGUGGAGCCGCUUCUCCCCAGCUCCCACAGAGACAGUCUGUGGCUUUCGACUCUCUGCCCUCCCCCUCACUGUAUUCUUCUCCGAGGAUGUGUUCCCGAGGACUGGGUUCUCCGUCGACACCGAAUUUCAACUCGCCCACUCUCCACUCGUCCCCCCGCUUGGGCGACUCUCCAAGCUACCCCUCGCCAUACGACUCCAAGAGGCGGCAGUCGCGAGUCAUCUCUGGCGGGACCGACCCUCUGAAAGUCCGAGAUGGAGCAGCCAAAAAACCUGCCAGCAGUGGAGUCUACACCCCGCCCUCCUUCCAAGGCCCUUGCGGACCCACAUACACCCCCUCCCCCAGAAACUCCUACACCCGUCCCCGUCCUCUCGACCUCGCCCCCAAAUCGCCCUCCUCCUCUAUCCGCUCCUCCAACUCUUCCCAAUCAGACUCCACCGCCCCCCGCACGCCGUCCACCCCCAAAACACCCAAGACCAAAUUCGGCAAGGUGCUCUCGCGCAACGCCAAGCGGCUGUCUGUGAUGAGCUUGGGCCUGGGGUCGGGGUCGUCAGCAGCGUCAGCGUCGAAGAGGAGUGAAAGCACGUCGAGCUCGAUCAGGGGAGAGAGCAGCCAGGAAGGGUAUUUCCCAAAGCCUACGCCCUCGCUCAACUCUUUAUCCACCGGGUCACACCAGUCCCAACCAUCCUGGGAGAUCCACACCCCCACCUCCGCCACCCACCCAUACUACACGGCCUACCCCUCCACCCUCUCUGGCCCAGGGUCCGGGUCUGGGUCGGGGUACUAUACAGCCGAGCCGCAGGAACUCGGACUCUUCCCGCCCGAACCUGCAUUCUACAACUUUGCCGAGCGGAGGGGGAGCACAGCGUCGGAUGUGGGGUAUAGCUCUGGUUACGGCUCGGGCGCGGGAUAUGGCGGCGAGCGAGGCAGGAGGGCGUCGGGUGUUGGUGUUGGGCAAGGGCCAGCAGUGCCCAGGGGGAAGAGGAAGCCGGUACCGAAGGUGGCGUUGGAGGAUGAGAUGGGAGGUAUGACUAUUGGGGAGGCUGUCUAGAGCCGUGUCUUGUUCUUGUCUUUUGGACUUACUUUUGGGGGAGUUGUGGGAGAGUCGUUGUUGUGGAUUAGUUGUAUCUCUUGUCACGGGCUUUGGUACGCCAUCUUUCUAUUGUCUUCCGGUAUCUCCCAUAUUCUAAUCUCGAGACUUAUCAAAACUUAUACUGUCUCGUCUUGUAUCAAAUCUAGAGAAGGAAUGCUAUAUCUUGUCCCAU